ACCCCAGCUCCUCUUCGCGUUCCCAUAUUUUUCGCCGCCCUCUGCCCAGGCUUAAUUAAUUAUCUCCUCUAGCUCCUUCCCCACUGACCUCCUCCCUAGUCCAUUCACCCUGGGCUGGGAAGGAGGCAGUAGGAGCUCCCCGCUCAGCACUGAUUGUCUUGCGGGAAGAGGGGACCGUGCGGUGGCUGCAGAACGGCGCACAGGGCUCCACGAUGCCCGAAAAUGUCUCUUUCGCCAACUGCUGCGAGACCGGCGGGCGGGACGAGCGCCCAAGCUGGCUGGGGGCGGACGGCGCGCGGCCCUCCGGGAUCCCCCGGCCUCCCUGGGUGGCGCCCGCGCUGUCCGCGGUGCUCAUCGUCACCACCGCGGCGGACGUCCUGGGCAACCUGCUGGUCAUCUUCUCGGUGCUCAAGAACCGCAAGCUCCGGAACGCAGGUAAUUCGUUCUUGGUGAGUUUGGCGUUGGCUGACCUGGUGGUGGCCUUGUACCCCUACCCUCUAAUCCUUGUGGCCAUCUUCCAUGAUGGCUGGGCCCUGGGGGAGGUGCACUGCAAGGCCAGUGCCUUUGUGAUGGGCCUGAGUGUCAUUGGCUCUGUCUUCAACAUCACCGCCAUUGCCAUUAACCGCUACUGCUACAUCUGCCACAGCGUGGCCUACCACCGGAUCUAUCGGCACUGGAACACCCCGCUCUACAUCUGCCUCAUCUGGCUCCUCACCGUGGUGGCCUUGGUGCCCAACUUUUUCGUGGGGUCACUGCAGUACGACCCACGCAUCUACUCCUGCACCUUCAUCCAGACGGCCAGCACCCAGUACACAGCAGCAGUGGUGGUCAUCCACUUCCUCCUCCCCAUGGCUGUUGUGUCCUUCUGUUACCUGCGCAUCUGGAUGCUAGUGCUCCAGGCCCGUAGGAAGGCCAGGUCAGAGAGCAAGCUGUGCCUGAGGCCCAGUGACUUCCGGAGCUUUCUAACCAUGUUCAUGGUGUUUGUGAUCUUUGCCAUCUGCUGGGCCCCGCUGAAUUGCAUCGGCCUUGUCGUGGCCAUCAACCCAGAAGAAAUGGCUCCCCAGGUCCCGGAGGGGCUUUUUGUCACAAGCUACUUCUUGGCUUACCUCAACAGCUGCCUAAAUGCUAUUAUCUAUGGGCUCCUGAACAAGAACUUCCGCAGGGAAUACAAGAAGAUUGUCUUGGCCCUCUGGAGCCCACGGCUCUGCUUUCAGGACACUUCCAAGGGCAGCCACGUGGGCGUUAAUACCCAACACCCUAUCCAGGCAGACACUCUCUAG